AUGAAGUGGCUUCUUGCUUUCCUCCCUCUCGUUGCCGCGGCGCCAGCGCUACCUUCUUAUCAGGCUGGCGAUGGCCCCGACCCUGGACAGGUGAAAAUCCUCAAGGUCGGCACUGGUGGAACUGGAUGUCCUUCUGGUACAGUCAGCACCAUCAUUUCUGAUGAUCAAAGUGUUGUUACCUUGAUAUACGACACCUACGUUGCUUCUAUCGGGCCCAGUGUAGCCGUCACUGAGCAGCGCAAAAACUGCCAGCUUACUUUGGAGCUUCAAUACCCUGGUGGAUUCCAAUACUCCAUUCUGAGUGCAGACUACCGUGGAUACGCCAACAUCGAGAAGGGUGUCACUGGAACGUUGAAGUCCACCUACUACUUCGCGGGUCUAGCGCCUCAAACUAGCACAGAAUAUACCUUCAAUGGCCCGGUAACCGGCGAUUACCUCAAGCACGAUGAGGCAGACAGCACCUCGGUCGUAAUGUCGCCUUGUGGUAGCAAGGGCAACAUGCUGAACAUCAAUUCCCAAGUUCGCCUGACUUCCACGAACUCCAAGGCUACCGGUCUGCUCACCACCGAUUCUACCGACCUCAAGUUCAAGCAGGUUGUGUACGUGCAGUGGAAGAAGUGCACACAGAGCAGCUAG